CUUAGGGGCUACAAGAGCGUGAUGACGAAAGACGCUCUCUCUUUGCUGCGCCUACUGCGAGGAUGAAGACCAUUCUCAGCAACCAGACGGUCGACAUUCCCCAGAAUGUCGACAUCACCCUGAAGGGACGCACCGUCAUCGUGAAGGGCCCCCGAGGAACCCUGCGGAGGGACUUCAACCACAUCAAUGUCGAGCUCAGCCUCCUUGGGAAGAAGAAGAAGAGGCUGCGGGUUGACAAAUGGUGGGGAAACAGAAAGGAGCUGGCGACCGUUCGCACCAUCUGUAGUCACGUCCAGAACAUGAUCAAGGGUGUUACGUUGGGCUUCCGCUACAAGAUGAGGUCUGUGUACGCUCAUUUCCCCAUCAACGUCGUUAUUCAGGAGAAUGGGUCUCUUGUUGAAAUCCGAAAUUUCUUGGGCGAAAAAUACAUCCGGAGAGUUCGAAUGAGACCAGGUGUUGCUUGUUCAGUAUCUCAAGCCCAGAAAGAUGAGUUGAUCCUUGAAGGCAAUGAUAUUGAACUUGUUUCAAAUUCAG